GAAGUCGCCGGCGUACAUUAACUACUCGACGACCUUGGUCUACACGCUGAUAUUCUUCCUCAUUGCCUCGGCAGAAGACAGGAAAGCGGGAGGCCCCCUUGGCCCCGACGUCCGCUGCUGGCGCCAGCAGCAACACAUCCUCUGGCUGACGGCGUGCACGACCUUGAGCAACUUUACCUUCCAGUUCUCCGAUCCCUGGGUAGCAGGCGUCACUGCCGAGCUGCUCCUCUACAUGUCCAUUCCUGCGGUCUGGCUUUCCUCGAUCUACGUGCUCCAUGAUAGCUUCACAUUGCGAGAGAGCGCCGGCGUCGUCAUCGUGCUGGUGGCGAUUCUCAUCGGAAUCCUGCCGCGGAUGCUGCAGGAGAGGCACGAAGUUGGAGAUGAGUCGAAUCCUCCAUGGGCGGUAGUCCUCUACGGCCUCAGCGCGGGGCUGCAGGGACUUGCAAUGAUGUUCCAAGAGCGCGCAACCCGCGCUCCCAGCGACCUGCGGCCGGCGACGGCGCUGUUCUGGUACAACCUGUACUGCUGCGUGACGGCCUUGUUCACUAUUCCCAUGGAGGCAGUGCCCUACUUGAAUGGCACCGUGACCGGGCGUUCCCUCAGCGCUGCGUUUCAGAAUCAGGUGCACUCGCUGUGCUGCGCUGCUGGAGCUCCCUACGCGGAAGAUGUGCUGACAGGGUAUUGUAAGGUGGGGGCCUGGCUAUGGCCGCAGGUCUACGCGCUUUCCCAUGCGGGCAUGUUCUAUCUCAAUGCUCGGCUCAUCCAGCGCUUCAAUGCGCUCUGGGUCGGUGUCAUCAACACCCUCGGCGGGCCGCUGUCUGCCAUGGCCUUCGCCUUUCCG